GAGAGAGAGAAAAAGAAGAGCUCAAAUCAGAAGAAGAAUAGCUUUUUCUCACUCUAGAAUCAUCUCUCUACCACGCCAUUGCAUUGCAUUGCAUUUGUGGUGGAGAAGCAGAGGAGGAGGAGGAGAAAAGUGAUGAAAGGGGUGAAGGGGAGGCUUCUCAAGAAGCUCAAAUACUUCUCAGAUGAAGAGAAGGAGAAUAUCAAACCACCAUUGCCAAAAAGGAAGGAUCUUGGAGACAAGAACCAAGAUCUGGAGGUGUUCCGGCGGCCGGACCUUAAUUCUUCCACUCUUUUUGAUCCCGGGUUGUUGGCUGCCUUCCAAGAAGCUUUGAUGGACUAUAAAGAUGUAGUCUUGGAUGACAGGGAUGAAGAACAAGGAGUAGAUGAUAUUGUUCCAUUCAUGGACUAUAAAGUUAGAAUCUUGGAGAUUAGAGAUAAAGGACAACAAGAAGAUGUUUCACUGAUGGACAAUGAAGGCAUAAUCACCGAUCUCAGGGAUGAUAAACAAACAGAUGUUUCAUUGAUGGAGUAUAAAGGUGGAAUCUUUGAUUUCAUAGAUGAAGGACUUGAAGGAGCUGAUGUUUCAUUGACGGAGAAUAAAGAUACAAUCUUGGAUGUCAGGGAUGAAGAAGAAGAAGAAGGGGAUGAUGUUCCAUUGAUGGAAUGUAAAGAUACAAUCUUGGAUGUCAGGGAUGAAGAAGAAGAAGGAGAUGAAGUUCCAUUGAUGGAAGUCAAGGAUGAUGAACAAGAAGGAGAUGGUAUUUCAUUGAUGGAAUUUGAGGAGAGGUGUCCUCCAGGAUGGAUGGGAUCAGUGAUUCUAUACACUACAAGCCUGAGGGGGAUAAGGAAAACAUUUGAGGAAUGCAGCAGUUUGAAGUUCUUGUUGAGGAGUUUGAAGGUGAUGUUUUAUGAGAGGGAUGUGUCAAUGCAUAUGGAGUUCAGGGAGGAGUUAUGGAGGGUGCUCGGUGGGCGGGCGAUACCGCCAAGGUUGUUCAUCAAAGGGAGGUACAUUGGAGGGGCUGAUGAAGUGCUGGGAUUGCAUGAACAAGGGAAGUUGAGGACACUGUUGAAAGGAUUGCCAGUGGAUUGUUCUAAUGGGGGUGUAUGUGAGGAGUGUGGUGGGAUGAUGUUCUGGGUUUGUUCUUCUUGUCAUGGGAGUAGGAAGAAGGUGAUUGGGGAUGAGGUUCUUCAAUGUUUUCAGUGCAAUGAGAAUGGUCUGGUACUUUGCUCUCUUUGCUGCUGAAAUUCUUUUCUUUUUUCUUUUUUUUGUGUGUGUGUGCAUUCUUGAAUUCUUAUUUUAUCUAUUACCAUUUUUUUGGGUAGAGGAUUUUGUAUGAUUUAAUUGUUAGAUUAAAUGUGGAAAAGAUUUGGGUAUGUGGACAUGACAAAGGGGAUUUGUCCUGUCAAAUUUGUGUAUGAUAUGUACAAUUUGAUUAAGGUUGUUAUCCAUCCUACAAGUGAUUGAUUUCUUCAA